AAUCGACUGUCGUACAUUUGCAAUUCCAUGAGCAAAUUCUUUAUCUUUCAUCCCUUCCCACUUAAGUUUCUACUGCAAGAAGUACUAUUUAAGAAGAAUGACAUGGCUUAUUACUCUGCACCGUAUGCGAGUAUACCGAUGGGAAGAGUCUUCAGCAGAAUUUCUGAUUUCUUCAAUUUUGGGCGAAGAGACAAAUCAGUUGGCAACAAAAGAUCUACUAACCAAGGCGUGGAAAUGGAAGAGAUUCAGUACCCGAGUCCCCUUUGUCUUUCAUCAUCUUACUACAGUGUUUUCGUUGUUCGUCUUGCCAUUAUGGUUAUGCUGGCAAUUUUGAUAGGCUUAUUAACAUUACUGACAUGGCAUUUUACCAGAGUCUACACAACAAGAUCAUUAAAUACAUUAGCAUAUGAACUUCGUCAUGAACUUCUACAGCGACCCAUGUUACGAAUGUGGAACGUCCUAAAUACUACUUUAGAAGUAGCAACUUCUCAAGUCAAGCUUUCAGAGUAUGUUAUCAGGCGUUACAAGAAUCCUGUUAACCAAGCACAGCAAGCUGAGCAGCUUUAUGAAGCUAUGAGGGAUGUGACAUGGGCAUUGUUUGCAAGUCGAAGAGCUCUUAAUUCAAUAACAAUAAGCUAUAAAAAUGGCUUUGUCCAGGCUUUUCAUAGAAAUCACAAGAGUAAUAAUACAUACUACAUAUACUCUGAUCUAGCCAACUACUCAAUAAGUGGUGUAUAUGGUGUCAAUAUGCUUUCGUCUCAUCAAGGAUGGAAUGAUCAAUCUAUACACAAUAACAUGUCUGCAAUUUGGUAUCGAGAACCUCUGGAUCCUGUGAGUGGAGAGAAAAUUGGAAAACCAAAGAAAAUCCCGCCCGAUGAGUUAAUCAACAUUGCUGGAAUUUCACAAGUGCCUGAUGGUACAGCAUCAUGGCAUGUUGCAGUAAGCAAACACACAGAUUCACCAUUGCUUUCAGCAGCAUUGCCUGUUUGGGAUCCAUCUCAUAAAAGCAUAGUUGCUGUUGUUGGUGUGACUAACGCGCUUUAUAGUGUUGGACAGUUGAUGAAAGAACUUGUUGAAGUCCACAGUGGACACAUAUAUUUAACCUCUCAAGAGGGUUGGUUACUUGCUACUUCCACCAAUACUCCUUUAUCAAUGAAUUCAACAACAGGGCCCAAGCUCAUGAUGGCUGCUAAUUCUGCUGACAAUGUGAUACGAUCUGGAGCCGAGUGUUUGCAGAAGACAUAUGGCAGUAAAUUUCCAUCUAGCCAGGAAGUUCACAUAGAAAAUGCAAGGCUUGGCAAUCAACUGUAUUACAUUGAUUCCUUCUUCCUCAACUUAAGGAGACUUCCUAUGGUUGGCGUUAUUAUCAUCCCAAGGAAAUAUAUAAUGGGGAAAGUCGAUGAGAAAGCUUUUAAAACACUGAUGAUUUUGAUAGCAGCGUCUCUAUGUAUAAUAGUAGUUGGAUGUAUCUGUGUCUUCAUAUUGACAAAUGGAGUGUCAAAGGAAAUGAAAUUAAGGGCCGAACUGAUAAGCCACUUAGAUGCAAGAAGGAAGGCAGAGGCAUCUAGCAACUACAAAAGUCAGUUUUUAGCGAACAUGAGUCAUGAGCUGCGAACACCUAUGGCUGCAGUGAUUGGACUACUGGAUAUUCUUAUAGGCGACGAUUGUCUGACAAAUGAACAAUAUGCAAUGAUUACACAGAUUCGUAAAUGUUCUACUGCUUUGCUCCGGCUUCUCAACAAUAUUUUGGACCUCAGUAAGGUAGAAUCUGGAAAGGUCAUACUAGAAGAAACUGAGUUUGAUUUAGGUCGAGAACUUGAAGGGCUUAUUGAUAUGUUCUCUGUCCAGUGCAUUAACCAUAACGUUGAGACUGUGCUUGAUCUCUCUGAUGACAUGCCAAAAGUUGUCCGAGGAGAUUCUGGUAGAAUUGUUCAAAUUUUCGCAAACCUAAUAAACAAUUCUAUCAAAUUUACAACGUCGGGCUAUGUCAUUCUUCGGGGUUGGUGUGAGAAUCCAGACAUUGACAGUAAUACAAGGAUGUUAUCCACCAAUCAGAUGGAUUCCUGGUGGGCACAAAAGAUGAAACUGAAGAGGCAGGGAUGGCAUGGGAAGAGAACAUCCAAGAAAGAUAACAAAAUAAUUCUUUGGUUCGAAGUUGAUGACACUGGUUGCGGGAUUGAUCCAAGCAAAUGGGAAUCUGUAUUUGAAAGCUUCGAGCAAGCUGACCCUUCAACAACUCGGUUGCAUGGGGGCACUGGCCUUGGCCUGUGCAUAGUACGAACCUUGGUCAACAAGAUGAAUGGAGAAAUCAAAGUGGUAAGGAAGAGUGGACCAGGAACGCUGAUGCAACUGUAUCUGAUUCUUAGCACACCAGCAGAGAGCACAAAACAGCAGUACCUAUCGAAUCUUGAAGAAAAGAAUCUGACGGUGUUGCUUGCGCUUAAUGGCAGAAUGACCAGAAUGAUUAUGAGUCAAUGGUUGCAGAAAAAUGGGCUGAACACCUAUGAAGCAUCUGAUUGGAAUGAGUUGACUCAAAAUCUUCAGGAACUCUUCAAAGUACAAAGCCUAAAUUCACUUUCAAAACCUGAAGAGUCAAUCCUCCUAGAUAGUAUUGCCUCAGAUUUGAUCAUAAUUAUUGACAUUGGACUGCUUGACUUGAGCACUGAUGUAUGGAAGCAACAGCUCAACGUUCUACACGGAUACUUUGGCAGAGUGAAAUUCGCAUGGAUCUUAAACCACGAAAUCUCCAAUACCAUUAAGACAGAGCUCCGUAGCAGAGGGCAUCUGUUGAUGGUUAAUAGACCCAUAUACAAAGCAAAAAUGAUUCAGAUUUUAGAAGCUGUCACACAGGACAGAAGUUUUCCGCUGCAAAACAAUGUGAAUGGUUUACAAACUACAUUAGUGGAAAGACAACUCCAUGAAUGUCUUGAAAUCGAUUCUUUAUGCUCUACUUCUGCCAUAUCAGAUGAUUCCGACAAGUCUGAGAAAGCGAGUUCUAAUACUAUAAGUGCACUUCAUGGUGCAGAAAAGAGCAGUGAACAUUUCUCUGAGGCACUUUCCCUGCAACGCAUUAUACGUAGUAAUGGCUCUUCUUCUGACCUAACUCAGGUAAAUUUAGAAGGCAGUGCUUCUGACAUGGAUGGUCUAGGUCAAAGAAGAACUAAAGAACAGCAUUGGACUAGAUCUUGUCCUGAAGAUAAAGGUGGUGCAUGCUUACAUAAGGUAGUGAAUGUACAAAAAUCACUUGAGGGUCUAUUCAUACUUCUUGCAGAAGAUACUCCAGUACUCCAAAGAGUUGCAACCAUAAUGCUGGAAAAAAUGGGGGCUAAAGUUGUUGUUGUAGGAGAUGGAAUCCAGGCUGUUGAUUCUCUGCAGUACUCAACUCAUUCGAAUGAGUAUAGAAAGGAAUCCCUCUUGGAUAAUGGCUACUUGAGAACCACUCAAACAGAAACAUUGCCAUAUGACUUGGUUUUAAUGGAUUGUCAAAUGCCAAAGAUGGAUGGCUAUGAAGCAACAAGGGCUAUCAGAAAAUUAGAAUUGGGAACUGGUUUACAUAUCCCGAUUGUUGCACUAACCGCUCAUGCCAUGUCUUCGGACGAAGCAAAAUGCUUGGAAGUUGGUAUGGAUGCUUAUCUUACAAAGCCAAUUGACUGUAAACUCAUGGUUUCCACCAUCCUUUCCUUAACUGAGAGAAUAGUCUGAUCAUGAACCUUUGAACUGCUCCAGUUCUGGUGGUUAUAUAAUUAGGAAAAUAAGAAAAGGUAUUAAAAUGGAGAAAAAGAAAAAAUAACAAAAUAAAUAAGCUCAUGCUCAGUUUUGAUGUAUAUAAUAGAAUAGCGAUUUAGUUCUUGAAGUACUAGUAUCUAAUAUUUUUCUUCUACAUAUGUGUAUAUCAAGCAUGUUAUUUCAUAUUCUGAGUGUUUAGAGUUGUGUUUGUUUACGUGUCAGUAUAUUUGUAUAAUAUGUUUUGAACUGCAAAACUUACUAAUGAAAGUAAAUAUCUCUCUUCAUUUAUUAUAA